CUCCUAUUUAUGGAUUUAUAUCUUUUGAUUUACUCGAUAUUUCACAAACUAUGGUGGAUUCCCACUUGCAUAGAAUCUUUGAUGGCUUCUCAAGGAAUUAGAGGCCCUUCUUACAGAUUUAUUCAGGGUAACGCCAAGGAAAUGUGGAACAUGAAGAAGGAAGCCAUGAGCAAACCUAUGAGUUUGUCUCAAGGUCACAACAUAUUUCAUAAGCUUCAGCCUAAUCAGGAGUAUUGGGCAAAAAUUUAUGGAAAAAAUUAUCUUCAAUGGCUUGGUACACAACCUCAGUUGGUCAUAACAGAACUGGAGCUGAUCAAAGAGGUACUCAACAACAAAGAUAGAGUUUAUCUGAAAUCCGGGGCCCAACGUUUUGUCAAGAAGCUAUUUGGAGAUGGGCUUGCGGUAACCGAGGGUGAAAAAUGGGACAAAUUGAGGAAACUGGCAAACCAUUUCUUCCAUGCAGAAAACUUAAAAGGUAUGGUUCCUGCAAUGAUGUCUAGUGUUGAGAUGAUGCUGGAAAGGUGGAAAAACUAUGAAGGCAAAGAGAUCGAGGUGUUUGAAGAAUUUAGGGUGUUGACUUCAGAUGUGAUUUCCAAAACGGCAUUUGGGAGCAGUUACCUUGAAGGAAAGAAAAUCUUUGAUAUGUUGAGGAGAUUGACCUUUAUAGUAACCAUGGGUUUUCUCAAAAUCAAGCUUCCCAUCAUCAGCAAGUUCACAAAAGAUGAGAUAGAAUCUGAUAUGCUUGAUAGAGAAAUCAGUAACUCCAUAAUGGAGAUGGUCAAGAAAAGAGAAGAUAAGGUAACGAGUGGAGACGAAGAUAACUAUGGAAGUGAUCUUCUUGGUGGGCUAAUAAAGGCCCACCAUGAUGCCGAUGAAAUGAAGCAGAUUUCGAUGGAGGAUUUGAUUACCGAGGUCAGGUCAUUCUAUUUUGCUGGACAGGAAACCACUAAUAGCUUGCUUGCAUGGACUGUGUUGCUUCUAGCAAUCCAUACAGAUUGGCAAGAGGAAGCAAGAAAGGAGGCGGUCAACUUAUUUGGUCAACAUAAUCCAAUCGCGGAUGGCAUUGCAAGACUAAAAGUAAUUAGCCAGAUAAUAAACGAGUCUACAAGACUAUAUCCUCCCGUAGUUGCCUUUUCGAGGCACGCGGCAAAAGAAGUUAGACUGGGGAAUCUCAAUCUUCCUGCUAAAAUGGAACUUGUCAUCUCCAAUUUACCACUUCAUCUUGACCCUCAGAUAUGGGGAGAAGAUGUGUACGAGUUUAAACCGGAGAGGUUCUCAGAAGGGGUUGUGAAAGCUACUAACAACAACUCGGCCGCGUAUUUUCCAUUCGGAAUGGGGCCUAGAACUUGUGUGGGCAUGAACUUUGCACUUACUGAAGCAAAAAUUGCUCUUUCAAUGAUUCUAAGACGCUACUCUUUCACGCUUUCCCCGGCCUAUGUCCACUCACCCUAUGCGUUUAUUACACUUCAGCCACAACAUGGCAUUCAAGUUGUGCUACAGCCACUGUGAAUACAGGAUGGUGAUCUUUAAACAUGUUG